AUGUUAGAUUAUUGCAAAACUUAUAAUGAGUGGGCUUAUGAUACUUCUCUAUCAGUGUCCAACCGCUCAGUUCUUCUAACAGUUUUUAUUCAGAUCUCUAACUAUGGCUUAAUAUCAACCAGGUUUGAAGCAAAGGUCUCACCGACAGGAGAAAAUUCUACGGUGAAUGUUUGUGAGAGUCAAGUCUCCUCAUUUACAAAUUACAUUGCGCCUGGAAAAAACUUUAUUUCAAUAAAGGAUAUUCCAGUCUUGAAUCAGGUCGAAAAGACUCAAUUCUUCACAGUUCAACUAACUGUCACACCAAAUACAUAUUCUUACUAUAUUCUUGAGGCCAAAAUCCAAAAUAAAAUACUUGGAGAAGUGUGUUACAUUGAUUACUUGCUAGAAGAAAACAAUCAAACACGAAAAGUUAGAUUAAUAUCAGAAUACACUAUAUUGAACUCACGAAGAAGUGGGAGUAGUACACCACUUGGUAUAUUCGAAAAUAAAAGUGCCCGGAAUAUCACUUAUAAUUUUGUGUUUGGAAUCAAGUUAUGCUAUGACACCAGUUACGUAACGGGUGAUGUGAUCCAAAUACAAUUUACUUUAAGUACAGAUAAAUUGGCUGUGAAUACACAGAAUGUUGUAUUUUCAAUAAAUUCUAUGGUCCAACCACCAUCGAUUAUUCCUCCGUCCAAAGUUCCAACACUUACGAUUGAAAAAAUAGAACCACGAAAUUCACAACCACUGGUCAACUUUGCCGCCAUUGUUGAAUGUCGUGUGAAAUUUUCUGAGGAUUUAGUUUACACAGCAGUCACUCUCGUGAUACAAGCGAAUCCAGCUUAUGGUAUCAUAAUUAGAAAAAAUAUCCAGACAGUUGGAUAUUUAUUAAGAACUAUGGCUCCUGUUUCGCCUUCUUACAUUACGAAACCAGAUUCAAUUAUAGCACAACUUAACACGGUAUACUUUAACGAAACAUGUACUGACUCUCAGUGUGAUAUAGCAUUUCGUUAUUCAGUAAUGCCAAUCACCACAAAGCCAUUCGUUAUCACCUUCAAGCUUUCCACCCUUGGAUCUUUGUUCACGAAGACAUUAACAAUCACUGCUCAAACUAACUAUUCUAUUCAGAUGCCAAAGAGCCAAGAACCGCAAGUGCAGUUAGUAUCCCUUGAACCGAUGACUACUAAAAAUCAACUUGUACCGAACGCCUAUACGUGGCUAAAGUUAUCCUUAAUUCCAAAACCGAAUUUAUGGGGGACAAUAGAUUUUCGACUUUAUGCACCAGGUUCCUUCAAAGAAUACAUAUUUUUAAAUCCACGAUUCAAAACUCAAUGCUCAACAUUACCGUUUAUCAGCUUAUCAGCAACUGCUAUAGAUAAUAUGGUUUAUAUUAACGUGGAGAGAACUUAUUAUGAAGGAAUUGUAAAUGAUUCAACAUUAUCACUAACAAAUGAGAUAAGUUAUCACAUUCCAAUGUUUACUGCUAAUUAUAACAAGGUACCGAUAAAUUUCACUUACAAUAUGACAAUUGGUUCCUAUUCUACUUCUGGUAGCUUUAUGUUUAUUACUACUACUCCAGCAGUAAUCGUACCGUCUAUCUAUACAUUUUAUCGUUUUCCCUUUGAUGAUCCCAAAUCUGUAUAUACCAAAAUGUGCACUGGAGAACCGGUUGAUAUAAUAGCAGUUACAUAUCCAAAGGAGAAGCGUUGCUCAUACAUAACUCAAUGGAUAAAUCGGCUUUUAAAUAACAAUAUUGCCUUGAAUAUAUCUAGGGUGUGGUUGUCGCGGAAUGGUGGGGGUGUGUGGAUACCAAGAGGAUUUACCAUUAAUAUGACCUAUGUGGAUAGUUUGGUGAGAGUGGAUUUCGGCCCAGUGUGUCCUACAUAUGAAGCUAAUUAUUUCAUGGAUAUACAAUUUACUACUUACAUAUUAGGGGAUUGCAAUACAACACAGACAACAACGUAUUCUUUCCCAGGCUGGUAUAAUAUGAGUGGUAAUAAAAACACUCUUUAUUCACCCAGCAUGGACUUCGUAGUCAUACCAAAUUUUCCAGUUUACAUUGACAUACUGGUCGAAUUACUUCCAAUCAGAGUUAACCUUCAGCCAGGUGGAAGAACAACUAUUACUGUGAAGUAUAUAUUUCCACUGAAUUCCACUUAUCCAAACUCGUCUGUAGAAAUUAGUGGAGGUGGAGCAAAUGAUAACAAUGAGACCAUAAUAAGUAUCAUUGAUUUCAGAAUAAGCUUGGGUUCAAAUUUAGUCCCACUGACAACUGUUUAUUCAUCUACCUAUGAACCAAAUAAUCAGACAGGCCUAAUCGAUCACCUGAUAAUUCGCUUUAAAAAUAUCUCUAAUAUCGGAACCGUUAGUGUACCUCUAAUGCGCAACACUGCCAUCCUUUCAGUGGAUAUCCAGUUAAGUGAUAGUAAAAGUGUUGAAAAUGGGACUGUCUGGUUGCUGCAGUUUGCUGGUCGUUUCAAUAAUAUUACAAAACUCACCAACUUAUCUGUAACUUGUGUAAGAACUGGCUUGGAAAAACCUUCAAUUAAAGUUAUACCAUCUCAAUUAUCACUGGUUGCAUCCAAUGAUUGCCCUGAUCGCGAUGAAGUUUAUCUUCAAACUCUGGUUCAAAUGAUGAACGGUACCGGAUUGGAAUGCGAAAGACAGUCAAUAAUAUUCUAUCUCAGUCCACAGAUACAGUCAAUUGACGUAUUUAAUAAAACGGGGAAUACAGAUGAUAUAACAUUGAAAACUGCUUUAAAUCCAGUAUCCAAGUCGGUUCAGUUCACAACUGGUCAUUUAUACUUUGGUAAAAGCUACACAGCUAUCUUCCGAUUGAAAUUCAAAUCGUCUCGGACAUCUGUUGAAAAAUACCCAGUUCUAAUCGAAGUUGUAUGUAAACCGUAUGAACGCAAUAUUUCUGUCUUUAGUGGCUGUGUAAGAUCAAAAUUUUACAAAUUUAGAUCUCAUAUACAUGUAGAACUUGACUACCAUACAUACUCAUAUCCAUGUGAUUUACCUCAUUACAAGGCAUUGCGGAAUCCUGCUGUGCCGUUGCCUAGUCGUCAGUCAGAUACAUUCUUAAAUGUUCGUGAUCGUCUGUUUUAUUGUGGACGUGCAUUUAAUAUGAAGGGGUCAUUCGAUUUGGAGAAACGUUGCUUUAUGAUUAGCAAAUUACCUGACAGAAUAUGGAUCGACAUGGGACCAUUUGUUGAACAGAUUAUAGCGUACACAAAUCCACUUGGCAUAUUGUUCGGUUUGGGAGCAAAUGGUGGAGGUGUAAUGAUGAGUAAGAACUUUGGAAAAACAUGGAUUUCAAUCAACUCAUUCAUGUAUCAAAACACUUUGAAUACGUCAACUGAAAUCAUUACAGCAAGUGUCGUACCAUGGAUUUCAUCAACUGGAUCAAUUGACAAUACACUGUUUGAGUCAUUUUGCAAGAUGCGAGUGGCUGAACAAUGGAAUGUUUGCAUCAACCAAAUCUAUGCCAACCAAAUGUUGUUAGCUAAUUGGACUUACACAUGUCCGAAAAUCAAGCUGUUUUAA